CCAAAAAGGCAUAAUGAUGACAGCCGCCAUACUAACUACGGUGGUGGAGGUUGCACUCAUACUAUUCUUUCUACCACUCGCCGUCGCAGCAUCAUAUCCAUCUCACCAAUUCCUUGAUGUCCAAGAAAUCAUGCAUGCUACCAAAUCACCUUCUUCUCACGUGCCCCAAACAAAGCUAUUCGACCACCAUGAAAUAUUGGAAUCAAAUGAGUCUAAUGAUGGCAAGAAAUGGAAACUCAACCUUGUACACCGUGACAAGCUAUUAGAGCAUCAUGGCGAUCAUCGGUGGAGAGUGGAAGCCCGGUUAAAAAGGGACGUGAAAAGGGUGGCAAUUUUGAAUACUAGAAUAGGAAAUAAUCAUACGACGGGUGGUGGUAGUCGUGGAGAUAGGUUUGAGGUGGAAGAUUUUGGGUCGGAAGUGAUUUCAGGUAUGCAACAAGGGAGCGGUGAGUAUUUUGUGAGGAUUGGAGUUGGUACUCCAUCGCAGAGUCAAUACAUGGUAGUUGACUCUGGAAGCGACGUCGUGUGGGUACAAUGCUUGCCAUGCAAGCAGUGUUACCAACAGUCGGAUCCACUUUUUGACCCGGCCAAGUCAGCUACUUUUGAGGCCGUGUCUUGUGGAUCCACUGUGUGUGACCAUGCAGAAACUACUGCUGGUUGUCGUGGCCAUGGUGGUGGUCGAUGGUGUCGCUAUGAGGUUUCGUAUGGUGAUGGAUCCUUUACUAGAGGAACUUUGGCCCUCGAGACACUUACUUUAGGUAAUACCUUCAUUAGAAAUGUUGCCAUAGGAUGUGGUCAUAGAAACCAAGGGUUAUUUAUUGGAGCCGCUGGUUUACUUGGUAUUGGUGCGGGCUCGAUAUCUCUAGUGAGUCAACUUGGUGGUGAAGUUGGCGGCGCCUUUAGCUAUUGUCUUGUUAGUCGUGGAACUGAUUCUCUGGGAUCAUUAGAAUUUGGAAGAGAGUCUCUUCCAUCAGAUAGUGCAGUUUGGGUUCCGUUAUUACGGAAUCCGAGAGCCCCAAGUUUUUAUUAUGUGGGGCUCUCGGGUCUCGGUGUGGGAGGGGUUCAGGUGUCAAUACCAGAACCCAUUUUCAAGUUAAGUGAUAUGGGUCAUGGAGGAGUUGUGAUGGACACCGGGACCGCUGUCACACGACUCCCAAACGAAGCUUAUACAAGUUUUCGAGACGCUUUCAUCGCUCAAACCACCAACCUACCACGAGCUAGACCAAAUACCAUCUUUGAUACAUGCUACAAUCUCAAUGGGUUUGUAACGGUUCGAGUCCCAACCGUUUCCUUCUACUUUUCUGGCGGACCCAUAUUAACUCUUCCAGCUGGCAACUUUCUAAUUCCAGUGGAUGAUGUAGGAACAUUUUGUUUCGCCUUUGCCCCAACUUCAUCGGGCCUUUCCAUUAUUGGAAACAUUCAACAAGAAGGAAUCCAAAUCUCUUUUGAUUCCGUAAACGGACGUAUGGGAUUUGGCCCCAAUAUUUGUUGAUCGAUCGAUCACUUGGAAAAAUAUACCCCCGGCCCGGACAACUGUACUAUGUCUUAGAAGCCUAUAUGUCACGACGACAAUUACCUUGUCGCGUUAGCUAGCUAUUAGUACCAUCGCAUAUAUAUGUGAUCAUAUAUAAUUAGGUCCAAUGUACAAAUUAAAUAGUUCAGGCUUUGUUUGUGUUGUCUGCAUCGAUCCCGGUAUAUUUGUGUUCCUAUAAUU